AAGAAGAAGUGGGAAAGCAGGGUUGCUUGUGAAAGUGGACUUUGAAAAGGCUUUUGAUCAUGUUAGAUGGGACUUCUUAGAUGAAAUUAUUGCUCUUAUGAAUUUUGGUGAAAAAUGGAGGAAAUGGAUGAAAUGUUGUGUAGAAUAUGUCAGAUUCUUAAUUCUUAUCAAUGGUUCUGCAACUGGUUAUUUCAAAUCUGAAAAGGGAAUCAGACAAGGAGAUUCCAUCUCUCCUUUCUUGUUCUUGCUUGUAGGUGAAGCUCUUUCAUUUAUGAUUAAGAAUGCCCAGGAACAAGUUUUGAUUGCAGGCUUUCAAGUGAAUGAAUGCAGCAGCUAG